AUGAAUAAUUGGUGGGAUUUCAUCAAGCAAACCUGGCCUCCGCGGCCCAAGUUCACAGAGAAGGAACUGAGCGACCAGGCUGGCAAGGUUUUCAUCGUCACCGGUUCCACAUCAGGAGUGGGUAGAGAGCUCGCGAGAAUCCUGUACUCGAAAAACGCCAAAGUCUAUGUCGCUGCCAGAUCGCCAGAGAAAGCCACCAAGACGAUCGACGACAUCAAGACUCGCCAUCCAUCUUCAACGGGCGCUGUGGCAUUCCUCCGAUUCGACUUCGAGGAUCUAACCACUAUCCGAGGUGCCGCGACGGAGUUUCUAUCUCGAGAGACCCGCUUGGAUGUCCUCUGGAAUAAUGCGGCCGUGUUGAUUCCGCCGAAAGGCUCGAAGACGAAGCAGGGCUUUGAAUUGCAACUUGGCGUGAAUACACUGGCGCCGUUUCUGUUCACGAAGUUCUUGACGCCGAUAUUGGUGCAGACUGCAAAGAUCUCUCCGCCUGGCUCGGUGCGAGUGAUGUGGGUUUCAUCGUCUGCUGCGUAUUUAUUUGCUCCGACUGGAGGGGUGGAGAUUCAGCAGCUCGAGGAUACCAGCGACAGGUCCCCUGUGUAUAUGUACGGGGUGAGCAAGGCGGGGAAUGCGUUCCAUUGUCUUCAUUUUGCGAAGUUGCAUGGGAAAGAUGGGAUUAUUAGCACGAGCGGAAAUCCAGGAAAUCUGAGAUCUGGUCUCCAGGUGCAUAUCCCAUGGUGGGGACGGAUUCUGACGAAUUCAAUCUCCUACGAUCCUAUCUAUGGCGCCUACACCGAGCUUUUUGGCGGUCUGUCUCCAGAUAUCGAUAUGCAGAAUAAUGGAGCUUGGAUCAUCCCAUGGGGUCGGAUCGGCAAAUUGCGACAAGAUCUAGCUGAGGCCGGGAAGAGCAAGGACGAAGGUGGAAGUGGGUUGGCAGAGGAGUUUUGGAAGUGGUGUGAGGAGCAGGUCAAAGAGUAUUUGUAG